GACCUCCAGGGGCCUCUGGAUAUCAAUAUGUGCCUUAUUAAUGAUGAAUACAUGUCUUCCAGCACAAGCAGCAAUGAAAAUGUCAAACAACAAGGUCGUACAGCAAGAUGUAAAUAGUGACUUAUCAGGUGAAGGGAACAGCGAUGAAUCUCCUCUUACUGGCAAUAAGCAGCAGAUCUCCAAAUCUGUCCAAAUGCCGGAUUCCAGCGCAGCAGACAAUUCUUGGUACCACAAUCAGAGGAACAGUUAUGAUACGAGUGCAGAGCAAUCCUCCAAGGUGACCUUUUUUGCACCAACAACUCCUCCUUUACUAAGAAAUGUCACAUCCGCUCACAAUGGACGAGUGUGCAGCACAUGGGGUAACAAUUACUUUAAAACCUUUGAUGGUGAUAUCUUCCAUUACCCCGGCACCUGCAACUAUGUUUAUGCAUCAGACUGUAAUGACAUCUAUCAGGAUUUCAAUAUUCAAAUGAGACGAUCCAUUGUCAAUGGGCUUCCCACCAUCAGCCUCAUUACAAUGCUACUUGAUGGGGUCUCUAUUGAAAUAUCCACUGGAAAGAUUACAUUCAAUGGACAACAAGUGGAUCUGCCAUAUGCUUUCUCAGGAAUCCAGAUUGACAGGAAUGGAAUAUACAUCACAGUUGUGUCCAAGAUGGGUCUAAAUUUCAUGUGGAAUGAAGAUGAUGCAGUUUUGCUGGAGUUGGAUUCAAAGUUUGCCAAUAAGACCUGUGGUUUGUGCGGUGACUUCAAUGGCAUUCCCAUCUACAAUGAAUUUAUUUUAAACAAUGCUGUAAUGACACCCAUCCAGUAUGGAAACAAGCAAAGGUUGAAUGGACCAACAGAAAUAUGUCAAGAUCUGACCAUCCAGCCCCUGAACAACUGCUCAGACACUAGGAGAAUGUGUGAAGUGAUCCUAACCAGCUCACAGUUUUCAUCCUGCAACCGCCUUGUGGACCCCACUCAAUACAUUGAUGCCUGUGUACAGGAUCUUUGCAGAUGUGCUCAAAAUGCAACUGGCUUUUGUCUUUGUAGUACCUUUACUGAGUAUUCUAGGCAAUGCGCCCAUGCUGGUGGAACACCCAGCAACUGGAGAACUGAUACACUUUGCCCCCUUCAGUGUAGCUAUAACCUUGAAUACAGAGAGUGUGGAAGUUUCUGCCCCAACACCUGUACCAACCCUGACCGCUCCUCAGUUUGUGAUACCCACUGCAUCGAUGGUUGCUUCUGUCCUGCAGGGACUGUCUUUGAUGACAUUAACAAUUCUGGCUGCAUCCCUGUACAGAGGUGUUCCUGUACAUACAAUGGAAAUGUCUAUAAGUCAGGCACAGGAUAUACCUCACAAUGUCAAUCAUGCACCUGUUUUCAAGGAAAAUGGAGCUGUGUAGAAAACAACUGUCCAGGAAUCUGUGCAAUUGAGGGAGGUUCUCAUAUCACCUCUUUUGAUUCCACCCGUUUUAACUUCUUUGGUGAUUGCUCAUAUGUCCUUUCUAAGAGUUGCAACAGCAACAAAUUCAGUGUUCUGGGAGAGCUGUUGAAUUGUGGUCAGUCUAACACAGAGACCUGUUUAAAGAGUGUUGCCCUCAAUUUGAAUGAUGGAGAAGAUGUCAUUUACAUUAAACCAUGUGGCAGUGUGUAUGUCAACUCAAUGUACACUCAGUUACCAGUCUCUACAGCCAGUGUUACUAUUUUCCAACCAUCAUCAUUUUACAUCAUUGUGCAAACCAAAGUUGGAAUCCAACUCCAAAUCCAGCUCACCCCCACUAUGCAACUUUACAUCCAUGCUGAUCCAUCCUUCAAGAGCCAAGUGUGUGGUCUUUGUGGAAACUUUAACAACAUUCAAGCUGAUGAUUUCCAAAUACUCAGUGGAGUGGUUGAAGGAAAUGCUGCAGCAUUUGCCAACACCUGGAAGACCCAAGCUAGCUGUUCCAAUGCUAACACCAAUUUUGAGGACCCUUGCUCUCUGAGCAUUGAAAAUGAGCAAUAUGCUUCCCACUGGUGUUCAAUGCUUAGUGACCCUAAUGGACCUUUUGUAGAUUGCUUUUCAGCAGUUAAUCCAGCCUCCUACAAAGCGAGGUGUAUGUUUGAUUCAUGUAACUGCGAGAAGAGUGAGGAAUAUGUGCGCCGCCCUGUCCUCCUACGUACACGCUUGUGCGCAGAGGGAAUCUACUUGAGAGGAUGGAGAAAGAAUGUAUGCCAACUGUACACAACUACCUGCCCCAAGUCCCUGACUUACAGUUACUAUGUCAACGCUUGCCAGCCAACUUGCCGCUCCUUGAGUGAUCCUGACAUCACCUGUGAUAUCUCGUUCACACCUAUUGAUGGCUGUGUCUGCCAAAAUGGAACCUACAUGGAUGACAGUGGAGUGUGCGUACGUCAGUCAGCUUGUCCUUGCUAUUACAAGGGAACCGCAGUGCCACCUGGAGAGGUGGUUCAUGACAAUGGAGCUCAGUGCACAUGUUCAAUGGGAAAACUAGACUGCAUUGGGCAAACAUCCCCAAAGACAGCUUGUCAGUCCCCUAUGGUGUACUUUGACUGUACUAAUCAAACUGCCGGCACAAAGGGAUCCGAGUGCCAGAAGAGUUGCCACACCCUUGACAUGAACUGUUACAGCACACAAUGCAUGUCUGGCUGUGUGUGUCCAGAUGGACUGAUUGCUGAUGGAAAUGGAGGAUGUGUGCAAGGGGAACAAUGCCCAUGCAUCCAUAAUAGCAACCCUUACUCACCUGGAGACACAAUUAAGGUCGGAUGCAACACUUGCACCUGUAAAAACAGAAUGUGGGACUGUGAUAGUAAGCUUUGUAUGGCCACCUGUGCUGUAUAUGGAGACGGCCACUAUCUUACUUUUGACAGCAAAUCAUACAAUUUUGAUGGAAACUGUGAAUAUACCUUGGCUCAGGACUACUGCAGCAGUGACACUAACAAUGGAACUUUCCGGAUCAUCACUGAGAAUAUCCCAUGUGGUACCACUGGAACCACCUGCUCUAAAUCAAUUAAAGUUUUCCUUGGCAAUUAUGAACUCAUACUUGCUGACAACACAUUUGAGGUUGUGCAACAAAAUACUGGAAAUUAUGUGCCAUACAAGGUGCACCAAAUGGGUAUCUACAUGGUGAUUGAAGCACUCAAUGGUCUGGUCUUGGUGUGGGACAAGAAAACUAGCAUAUACAUCAAGUUGGAUCCAAGCUUUCAGGGUAAAGUCUGUGGUCUUUGCGGUAACUAUGAUGGCAACUUUGUCAAUGACUAUACCACCAGAAGUUUGGCUGUAGUUGGAGAUGUGAUGGAGUUUGCUAACAGCUGGAAGCAGUCUCCAAGUUGUUUGGAUGUUACAGACGUAGGAGAUUCCUGUGCCCUGAACCCAUACAGAAAAGCUUGGUCCCAGAAACAGUGCAGUAUCCUCACCAGUGUAGCAUUCGCAGAUUGUCACUCCCUGGUGAAUCCAAAUAAGUUCUAUGAUGCUUGUGUCACUGACGCAUGUGCUUGUGAUACUGGUGGAGAUUGUGAGUGUUUCUGUACUGCUGUAGCUGCAUAUGCCCAAGCCUGCAGUGAGGCCGGAGUCUGCGUCAACUGGAGGACACCCACUAUGUGCCCAAUUUUCUGUGAUUUCUACAAUCAGCAACAGCUGUGUGAAUGGCACUACAAACCAUGUGGUUCUCAAUGCAUGAAGACCUGCAGAAACCCUGAUGGUGUAUGCUAUCACAACCUGCCAGGCUUGGAAGGUUGUUAUCCAAACUGCCCACCUGAAAGACCUUUCUUUGAUGAGGAUAAAAUGGAAUGUGUUCCUGUUUGUCCCUGCUAUUCGGUUAAUGGAACAGUAUAUAAUGUUGGUGAUGUCAUGCCCCGCAAUAGUAAUGAUAGCAUCUGCACCACAUGCAAGUGUACCUUGAAGGGAAAAGCAUGCACAACUGAAGAAUGUUGUAUAUAUGAAGGAAACAUGUACAAGUCUAACCAAGUUGUUUACAACACUACUGAUGGAAUGGGAGGCUGCAUUGUAGCAUACUGUAUUGGCAAAAAAAUCGUUGGUAGUAUCACUCCCUGCACAACAACGGCACCAACCACAGUGUUCAGCUUUACUACAACCUCUACUGUCUCAACCACCACAGUAACCACUCCAGUGUGCACUGUAACCAUGAAAGACGCAGGUUGCACUUGGUCGGACUGGAUUGACGUGGACUAUCCUGGAAAUGAUGAGGAGAAUGGAGAUUUUGAAACUUUUGAAAACAUUAGGAAAAAAGGAAUUAAUAUAUGUGCUGCACCUCAGAAUGUAGAAUGCAGAGCAAAACAUUUCCCUGAAGAUGCCUUGGAAGAUUUAGGUCAACAGGUGACAUGCAGCAAAUAUGUUGGUCUAAUUUGUCUCAAUAGUCAACAGCCAGAGCGACUGUGUUACAAUUAUCAAAUCAAAAUUCAGUGUUGUUCUUCGACAACAACAUGCACUAGAAUUGAAACAUUACCAACACCUUCUACUACAAUAGCUACAGGAACAACUUCGACACCAACAAUAUCAACCACAGGUGAAAUAUCAACAACCCCACACUCUACUUAUACUAAAACUAUUAGUACAACACAGACGCCAUACACUAAAUCUACACCAUUAACGGUUAGUGGAACAACAACAACCUCUACUACUUCCACGUCAUCAACCACAACAGGAACAACUACUUCUACUGUAUCCACUACCCCCACCUCAACAACAAAAUCAACCAGCAGUGCAACAACUACUCCUAAUUCUUCCACCACCAAAACUACAACAGAAACACCUCACACUACAUCUAAACCAUCAACGACUUCUACAACAACAACAUCUACUACUUACACAGGAUCAACCUCUCAAUCUACCCCUCAUUCUACAACACCAUCCACAAAUAGAACAAUAACUUCAUCUACACCUUCCACCCUUUUAUCCACUACAAAAUCUAUCACAACGUCAACAACCUGUGCAUUAGCAACUACAAUGAAAUGCUACUGGACACCAUGGAUUGAUGACAGCAGUCCGAUAAUUAAAUCCUACACUGACAGUAGUGACCGUUCAAGAGGUUCUUCUAGUAAAGAAUCCCAUGGUCAAUUUAGAGAUAACUGGAUUGAGGAUGACCACAGUCCAUCAAGGCUUGACUCUAAAGAGAAUCAAAAGAGCUCUCAAAGAAAGGAUUCUUCACAAAGAGAUCACAAUCAAUUUGGAGACAAUUCUAAUGAAAGAGGUAGCAAGAGUUCAAGUGGGGAGGACAACACUCGUUCAAGAUUGCACUCUGAUGAAAAUCAAAGGAGCUCUUCAAAAAAGGAUUCUUCACAAAGAAAUGACAAUUUAUUCAGAGACAAUUCUAAAGAAAAAGGUAGCAGGACCUCAAAAGGCUCUUACAGUGAAGAACACCAGAAUCCUUCCAGAGUAAAAUCCAGUGAAGAAAACAACCCCUUGGAUAGACUGACAAAUUCUGGAUAUGAAAUUUGUUCAUUGCAGGAAAUGGCAAGCCAAAUAGAGUGUGAGGUGGCAGAUUCCAAUAAAAUAGCACCUAAUUCUGUUUCAAAAUGUAAUGUAAAUAUGGGACUUGCAUGCCUCGAUCCAAAUCUACGAGGACCAGAGUGCUCAAAUUAUAAGAUUAGGGUGCAGUGUUGUUCUACAUUCUGUGGUGAAACAACACCUGUUUCCUCAACAACAGUUUCAACCACAACAACUACCACCACUGUUCCUACAACCUCAUCCACAACUAAAACUACUGCUACUACGGUAUCCAGCACCAUUACAAAAACACCAACCAUUACUUCCUCUGUGUCCACAUCGUCAACCACAAGACCAACAACUACUUCUACUGUAUCUACUACCCCCACCUCAACAACAAAAUCAACACCACCAACCAGCAGUGCAACAACUACUUCUACUGCAUCUACCACCACCAAAACAGAAACACCAGUUACUUACAUAAUACAUACACCUUCAACCACAAGUGGAACAACUACUUCUACUGUAUCCACUACCCCCACCUCAACAACAAAAUCAACACCACCAACCAGCAGUGCAACAACUACUUCUACUGCAUCUACCACCAUCAGAACAGAAACACCAGUAACCUACAUAGUACCUACACCUUCAACCACAGGUGGACCAACUACUUCUACUUCUUCCACCACCAAAACUACAACAGAAACACCUCACACUACAUCUAAACCAUCAACGACUUCUACAACAACAACAACCUCUACUACUUACACAGGAUCAACCACUCAAUCUACCCCUCAUUCUACAACACCAUCCACAACUAGAAUAAUAACUUCAUCUACACCUUCCACCCUUUCAUCCACUACACAAUCUAUCACAACGUCAACAACCUGUGCAUUAGCAACUACAAUGAAAUGCUAUUGGACACCAUGGAUUGAUGACAGCAGUCCAAUAAUUAAAUCCUACACUGAUAGUAGUGAUCGUUCAAGAGGUUCUUCUAGUAAAGAAUCCCAUGGUCAAUUUAGAGAUAACUGGAUUGAGGAGGACCACAGUCCAUCAAGGCUUGACUCUAAAGAGGAUAAAAAGAGCUCUCAAAGAAAGGAUUCUUCACAAAGAGAUCACAAUCAAUUUAGAGACAAUUCUAAUGAAAGAGGUAGCAAGAGUUCAAGUGGGGAGGACAACAAUCGUUCAAGACUGCACUCUGAUGAAAAUCAAAGGAGCUCUUCAAGAAAGGAUUCUUCACAAAGAAAUGAAAAUUCAUUCAGAGACAAUUCUAAAGAAAAAGGUAGCAGGACCUCAAAAGGCUCUUACAGUGAAGAACACCAGAAUCCUUCCAGAGUAAAAUCCAGUGAAGAAAACAACCCCUUGGAUAGACUGACAAAUUCUGGAUAUGAAAUUUGUUCAUUGCAGGAAAUGGCAAGCCAAAUAGAGUGUGAGGUGGCAGAUUCCAAUAAAAUAGCACCUAAUUCUGUUUCAAAAUGUAAUGUAAAUAUGGGACUUGCAUGCCUCGAUCCAAAUCUACGAGGGCCAGAGUGCUCAAAUUAUAAGAUUAGGGUGCAGUGUUGUUCUACAUUCUGUGGUGAAACAACACCUGUUUCCUCAACAACAGUUUCAACCACAACAACUACCACCACUGUUCCUACAACCUCAUCCACAACUAAAACUACUGCUACUACGGUAUCCAGCACCAUUACAAAAACACCAACCAUUACUUCCUCUGUGUCCACAUCGUCAACCACAAGACCAACAACUACUUCUACUGUAUCUACUACCCCCACCUCAACAACAAAAUCAACACCACCAACCAGAAGUGCAACAACUACUUCUACUGCAUCUACCACCACCAAAACAGAAACACCAGUUACUUACAUAAUACAUACACCUUCAACCACAAGUGGAACAACUACUUCUACUGUAUCCACUACCCCCACCUCAACAACAAAAUCAACACCACCAACCAGUAGUGCAACAACUACUUCUACUGCAUCUACCACCAUCAGAACAGAAACACCAGUAACCUACAUAGUACCUACACCUUCAACCACAGGUGGACCAACUACUUCUACUUCUUCCACCACCAAAACUACAACAGAAACACCUCACACUACAUCUAAACCAUCAACGACUUCUACAACAACAACAACCUCUACUACUUACACAGGAUCAACCACUCAAUCUACCCCUCAUUCUACAACACCAUCCACAACUAGAAUAAUAACUUCAUCUACACCUUCCACCCUUUCAUCCACUACACAAUCUAUCACAACGUCAACAACCUGUGCAUUAGCAACUACAAUGAAAUGCUAUUGGACACCAUGGAUUGAUGACAGCAGUCCAAUAAUUAAAUCCUACACUGAUAGUAGUGAUCGUUCAAGAGGUUCUUCUAGUAAAGAAUCCCAUGGUCAAUUUAGAGAUAACUGGAUUGAGGAGGACCACAGUCCAUCAAGGCUUGACUCUAAAGAGGAUAAAAAGAGCUCUCAAAGAAAGGAUUCUUCACAAAGAGAUCGCAAUCAAUUUAGAGACAAUUCUAAUGAAAGAGGUAGCAAGAGUUCAAGUGGGGAGGACAACAAUCGUUCAAGACUGCACUCUGAUGAAAAUCAAAGGAGCUCUUCAAGAAAGAAUUCUUCACAAAGAAAUGAAAAUUCAUUCAGAGACAAUUCUAAAGAAAAAGGUAGCAGGACCUCAAAAGGCUCUUACAGUGAAGAACACCAGAAUCCUUCCAGAGUAAAAUCCAGUGAAGAAAACAACCCCUUGGAUAGACUGACAAAUUCUGGAUAUGAAAUUUGUUCACUGGAGGAAAUGGCAAGCCAAAUAGAGUGUGAGGUGGCAGAUUCCAAUAAAAUAGCACCUAAUUCUGUUUCAAAAUGUAAUGUAAAUAUGGGACUUGCGUGCCUCGAUCCAAAUCUACGAGGGCCAGAGUGCUCAAAUUAUAAGAUUAGGGUGCAGUGUUGUUCUACAUUCUGUGGUGAAACAACACCUGUUUCCUCAACAACAGUUUCAACCACAACAACUACCACCACUAUUCCUACAACCUCAUUCACAACUAAGACUACUGCUACUACGUUAUCCAGCACCAUUACAAAGACACCAACCAUUACUUCCUCUGUGUCCACAUCGCCAACCACAAAACCAACAAUUACUUCUACUGUAUCUACUACCCCCACCUCAACAACAAAAUCAAUACCACCAACCAGCAGUGCAACAACUACUUCUACUGCAUCUACCACCACCAAAACAGAAACACCAGUUACUUACAUAAUACAUACACCUUCAACCACAAGUGGAACAACUACUUCUACUGUAUCCACUACCCCCACCUCAACAACAAAAUCGACACCACCAACCACCAGUGCAACAACUACUUCUACUGCAUCUACCACCAUCAGAACAGAAACACCAGUAACCUAUAUAGUACCUACACCUUCAACCACAGGUGGACCAACUACUUCUACUGUAUCCACUACCCCCACCUCAACAACAAAAUCGACACCACCAACCAGCAGUCCAACAACUAUUUCUACUGCAUCUACCACUACCGGAACAGAAACACCAGUUACUUACAUAAUACAUACACCUUCAACCACAAGUGGAACCACUACUUCUACUGUAUCCACUACCCCCACCUCAACAACAAAAUCAACAUCACCAACCAGCAGUGCAACAACUAUUUCUACUGCAUCUACCACCACCGGAACAGAAACACCAGUUACUUACAUAAUCCAUACACCUUCAACCACAAGUGGAACCACUACUUCUACUGUAUCCACUACCCCCACCUCAACAACAAAAUCAACAUCACCAACCACCAGUGCAACAACUACUUCUACUGCAUCUACCACCAUCAGAACAAAAACACCAGUAACCUACAUAGUACCUCCACCUUCAACCACAGGUGGACCAACUACUUCUACUUCUUCCACCACCAAAACUACAACAGAAACACCUCACACUACAUCUAAACCAUCAACGACUUCUACAACAACAACAACCUCUACUACUUACACAGGAUCAACCACUCAAUCUACCCCUCAUUCUACAACACCAUCCACAACUAGAAUAAUAACUUCAUCUACACCUUCCACCCUUUCAUCCACUACAAAAUCUAUCACAACAUCAACAACCUGUGCAUUAGCAACUACAAUGAAAUGCUAUUGGACACCAUGGAUUGAUGACAGCAGUCCAAUAAUUAAAUCCUACACUGAUAGUAGUGAUCGUUCAAGAGGUUCUUCUAGUAAAGAAUCCCAUGGUCAAUUUAGAGAUAACUGGAUUGAGGAGGACCACAGUCCAUCAAGGCUUGACUCUAAAGAGGAUAAAAAGAGCUCUCAAAGAAAGGAUUCUUCACAAAGAGAUCGCAAUCAAUUUAGAGACAAUUCUAAUGAAAGAGGUAGCAAGAGUUCAAGUGGGGAGGACAACAAUCGAUCAAGACUGAACUCUGAUGAAAAUCAAAGGAGCUCUUCAAGAAAGGAUUCUUCACAAAGAAAUGGCAAUCCAUUCAGAGACAAUUCUAAAGAAAAAGGUAGCAGGACCUCAAAAGGCUCUUACAGUGAAGAACACCAGAAUCCUUCCAGAGUAAAAUCCAGUGAAGAAAACAACCCCUUGGAUAGACUGACAAAUUCUGGAUAUGAAAUUUGUUCACUGCAGGAAAUGGCAAGCCAAUUAGAGUGUGAGGUGGCAGAUUCCAAAAAUAUAGCACCUAAUUCUGUUUCAAAAUGUAAUGUAAAUAUGGGACUUGCAUGCCUCGAUCCAAAUCUACGUGGACCAGAGUGCUCAAAUUAUAAGAUUAGGGUGCAGUGUUGUUCUACAUUCUGUGGUGAAACAACACCAGUUUCCUCAACAACAGUUUCAACCACAACAACUACCACCACUGUUCCUACAACCUCAUCCACAACUCAAACUACUGGGUCUACGGUAUCCAGCACCAUUACAAAAACACCAACCAUUACUUCCUCUGUGUCCACAUCGUCAACCACAAGACCAACAACUACUUCUACUGUAUCUACUACCCCAACCUCAACAACAAAAUCAACACCACCAACCAGCAGUGCAACAACUACUUCUACUGCAUCUACCACUACCGGAACAGAAACACCAGUUACUUACAUAAUACAUUCACCUUCAACCACAAGUGGAACCACUACUUCUACUGUAUCCACUACCCCCACCUCAACAACAAAAUCGACACCACCAACCAGCAGUCCAACAACUAUUUCUACUGCAUCUACCACUACCGGAACAGAAACACCAGUUACUUACAUAAUACAUACACCUUCAACCACAAGUGGAACCACUACUUCUACUGUAUCCACUACCCCCACCUCAACAACAAAAUCAACAUCACCAACCAGCAGUGCAACAACUAUUUCUACUGCAUCAACCACCACCGGAACAGAAACACCAGUUACUUCCAUAAUACAUACACCUUCAACCACAAGUGGAACCACUACUUCUACUGUAUCCACUACCCCCACCUCAACAACAAAAUCAACAUCACCAACCAGCAGUGCAACAACUACUUCUACUGCAUCUACCACCACCGGAACAGAAACACCAGUUACUUACAUAAUACAUACACCUUCAACUACAAGUGGACCAACUACUUCUACUUCUUCCACCACCAAAACUACAACAGAAACACCUCACACUACAUCUAAACCAUCAACGACUUCUACAACAACAACAACAACCUCUACUACUUACACAGGAUCAACCACUCAAUCUACCCCUCAUUCUACAACACCAUCCACAACUAGAAUAAUAACUUCAUCUACACCUUCCACUCUUUCAUCCACUACAAAAUCUAUCACAACAUCAACAACCUGUGCAUUAGCAACUACAAUGAAAUGCUAUUGGACACCAUGGAUUGAUGACAGCAGUCCAAUAAUUAAAUCCUACACUGAUAGUAGUGAUCGUUCAAGAGGUUCUUCUAGUAAAGAAUCCCAUGGCCAAUUUAGAGAUAACUGGAUUGAGGAGGACCACAGUCCAUCAAGGCUUGACUCUAAAGAGGAUAAAAAGAGCUCCCAAAGAAAGGAUUCUUUACAAAGAGAUCACAAUCAAUUUAGAGACAAUUCUAAUGAAAGAGGUAGCAAGAGUUCAAGUGGGGAGGACAACAAUCGUUCAAGACUGCACUCUGAUGAAAAUCAAAGGAGCUCUUCAAGAAAGGAUUCUUCACAAAGAAAUGAAAAUUCAUUCAGAGACAAUUCUAAAGAAAAAGGUAGCAGGACCUCAAAAGGCUCUUACAGUGAAGAACACCAGAAUCCUUCCAGAGUAAAAUCCAGUGAAGAAAACAACCCCUUGGAUAGACUGACAAAUUCUGGAUAUGAAAUUUGUUCACUGCAAGAAAUGGCAAGCCAAAUAGAGUGUGAGGUGUCAGAUUCCAAUAAUAUAGCACCUAAUUCUGUUUCAAAGUGUAAUGUAAAUAUGGGACUUGCAUGCCUCGAUCCAAAUCUACGAGGGCCAGAGUGCUCAAAUUAUAAGAUUAGGGUGCAGUGUUGUUCUACAUUCUGUGGUGAAACAACACCAGUUUCCUCAACAACAGUCUCAACCACAACAACUACCACCACUGUUCCUACAACCUCAUUCACAACUAAAACGACUGCUACUACGUUAUCCAGCACCAUUACAAAAACACCAACCAUUACUUCCUCUGUGUCCACAUCGUCAACCACAAGACCAACAACUACUUCUACUGUAUCUACUACCCCCACCUCAACAACAAAAUCAACACCACCAACCAGCAGUGCAACAACUACUUCUACUGCAUCUACCACCACCAACACAGAAACACCAGUUACUUACAUAAUACAUACACCUUCAACCACAAGUGGAAUAACUACAUCUACUGUAUCCACUACCCCCACCUCAACAACAAAAUCGACACCACCAACCAGCAGUGCAACAACUACUUCUACUGCAUCAACCACCACCGGAACAGAAACACCAGUUACUUCCAUAAUACAUACACCUUCAACCACAAGUGGAACCACUACUUCUACUGUAUCCACUACCCCCACCUCAACAACAAAAUCAACAUCACCAACCAGCAGUGCAACAACUACUUCUACUGCAUCUACCACCACCGGAACAGAAACACCAGUUACUUACAUAAUACAUACACCUUCAACUACAAGUGGAACCACUACUUCUACUGUAUCCACUACCCCCACCUCAACAACAAAAUCAACAUCACCAACCAGCAGUGCAACAACUACUUCUACUGCAUCUACCACCACCAGAACAGAAACACCAGUAACCUACAUAGUACCUACACCUUCAACCACAAGUGGAACCACUACUUCUACUGUAUCCACUACCCCCACCUCAACAACAAAAUCAUCAUCACCAACCACCAGUGCAACAACUACUUCUACUGCAUCAACCACCACCGGAACAGAAACACCAGUUACUUCCAUAAUACAUACACCUUCAACCACAAGUGGAACAACUACUUCUACUGUAUCCACUACCCCCACCUCAACAACAAAAUCGACACCACCAACCACCAGUGCAACAACUACUUCUACUGCAUCUACCACCAUCAGAACAGAAACACCAGUAACCUACAUAGUACCUACACCUUCAACCACAAGUGGAACCACUACUUCUACUGUAUCCACUACCCCCACCUCAACAACAAAAUCAACAUCACCAACCACCAGUGCAACAACUACUUCUACUGCAUCUACCACCAUCAGAACAGAAACACCAGUAACCUAUAUAGUACCUACACCUUCAACCACAGGUGGACCAACUACUUCUACUGUAUCCACUACCCCCACCUCAACAACAAAAUCGACACCACCAACCAGCAGUCCAACAACUAUUUCUACUGCAUCUACCACUACCGGAACAGAAACACCAGUUACUUACAUAAUACAUACACCUUCAACCACAAGUGGAACCACUACUUCUACUGUAUCCACUACCCCCACCUCAACAACAAAAUCAACAUCACCAACCAGCAGUGCAACAACUAUUUCUACUGCAUCUACCACCACCGGAACAGAAACACCAGUUACUUACAUAAUCCAUACACCUUCAACCACAAGUGGAACCACUACUUCUACUGUAUCCACUACCCCCACCUCAACAACAAAAUCAACAUCACCAACCACCAGUGCAACAACUACUUCUACUGCAUCUACCACCAUCAGAACAAAAACACCAGUAACCUACAUAGUACCUCCACCUUCAACCACAGGUGGACCAACUACUUCUACUUCUUCCACCACCAAAACUACAACAGAAACACCUCACACUACAUCUAAACCAUCAACGACUUCUACAACAACAACGACCUCUACUACUUACACAGGAUCAACCACUCAAUCUACCCCUCAUUCUACAACACCAUCCACAACUAGAAUAAUAACUUCAUCUACACCUUCCACUCUUUCAUCCACUACAAAAUCUAUCACAACAUCAACAACCUGUGCAUUAGCAACUACAAUGAAAUGCUAUUGGACACCAUGGAUUGAUGACAGCAGUCCAAUAAUUAAAUCCUACACUGAUAGUAGUGAUCGUUCAAGAGGUUCUUCUAGUAAAGAAUCCCAUGGUCAAUUUAGAGAUAACUGGAUUGAGGAGGACCACAGUCCAUCAAGGCUUGACUCUAAAGAGGAUAAAAAGAGCUCUCAAAGAAAGGAUUCUUCACAAAGAGAUCGCAAUCAAUUUAAAGACAAUUCUAAUGAAAGAGGUAGCAAGAGUUCAAGUGGGGAGGACAACAAUCGUUCAAGACUGCACUCUGAUGAAAGUCAAAGGAGCUCUUCAAGAAAGGAUUCUUCACAAAGAAAUGAUAAUUCAUUCAGAGACAAUUCUAAAGAAAAAGGUAGCAGGACCUCAAAAGGCUCUUACAGUGAAGAACACCAGAAUCCUUCCAGAGUAAAAUCCAGUGAAGAAAACAACCCCUUGGAUAGACUGACAAAUUCUGGAUAUGAAAUUUGUUCACUGCAGGAAAUGGCAAGCCAAAUAGAGUGUGAGGUGGCAGAUUCCAAUAAAAUAGCACCUAAUUCUGUUUCAAAAUGUAAUGUAAAUAUGGGACUUGCAUGCCUCGAUCCAAAUCUACGAGGGCCAGAGUGCUCAAAUUAUAAGAUUAAGGUGCAGUGUUGUUCUACAUUCUGUGGUGAAACAACACCUGUUUCCUCAACAACAGUUUCAACCACAACAACUACCACCACUGUUCCUACAACCUCAUUCACAACUAAAACUACUGCUACUACGGUAUCCAGCACCAUUACAAAAACACCAACCAUUACAUCCUCUGUGUCCACAUCGUCAACCACAAGACCAACAACUUCUUCUACUGUAUCUACUACCCCCACCUCAACAACAAAAUCAACACCACCAACUAGCAGUGCAACAACUACUUCUACUGCAUCUACCACCACCAGAACAGAAACACCAGUUACUUACAUAAUACAUACACCUUCAACCACAAGUGGAACCACUACUUCUACUGUAUCCACUACCCCCACCUCAACAACAAAAUCAACACCACCAACCAGCAGUGCAACAACUACUUCUACUGCAUCUACCACCACCGGAACAGAAACACCAGUUACUUCCAUAAUACGUACACCUUCAACCACAAGUGGAACCACUACUUCUACUGUAUCCACUACCCCCACCUCAACAACAAAAUCAACACCACCAACCAGCAGUGCAACAACUACUUCUACUGCAUCUACCACUACCGGAACGGAAACACCAGUUACUUACAUAAUAAAUACACCUUCAACCACAAGUGGAACCACUACUUCUACUGUAUCCACUACCCCCACCUCAACAACAAAAUCGACACCACCAACCAGCAGUGCAACAACUACUUCUACUGCAUCUACCACCACCAAAACAGAAACACCAGUUACUUACAUAAUACAUACACCUUCAACCACAAGUGGAACAACUACUUCUACUGUAUCCACUACCCCCACCUCAACUACAAAAUCGACACAACCAACCAGCAGUGCAACAACUACUUCUACUGCAUCUACCACCAUCAGAACAGAAACACCAGUAACUUACAUAGUACCUACACCUUCAACCACAGGUGGACCAACUACUUCUACUUCUUCCACCACCAAAACUACAACAGAAACACCUCACACUACAUCUAAACCAUCAACAACUUCUACAACAACAACAACAACAACCUCUACUACUUACACAGGAUCAACCACUCAAUCUACCCCUCAUUCUACAACACCAUCCACAACUAGAAUAAUAACUUCGUCUACACCUUCCACCCUUUCAUCCACUACAAAAUCUAUCACAACGUCAACAACCUGUGCAUUAGCAACUACAAUGAAAUGCUACUGGACACCAUGGAUUGAUGACAGCAGUCCAAUAAUUAAAUCCUACACUGAUAGUAGUGAUCGUUCAAGAGGUUCUUCUAGUAAAGAAUCCCAUGGUCAAUUUAGAGAUAACUGGAUUGAGGAGGACCACAGUCCAUCAGGGCUUGACUCUAAAGAGGAUAAAAAGAGCUCUCAAAGAAAGGAUUCUUCACAAAGAGAUCGCAAUCAAUUUAGAGACAAUUCUAAUGAAAGAGGUAGCAAGAGUUUAAGUGAGGAGGACCACAAUCGAUCAAGACUGCACUCUGAUGAAAAUCAAAGGAGCUCUUCAAGAAAAGAUUCUUCACAAAGAAAUGGAAAUCCAUUCAGAGACAAUUCUAAAGAAAAAGGUAGCAGGACCUCAAAGGGAUCUUACAGUGAAGAACACCAGAAUCCUUCCAGAGUAAAUCCUAGUGAAGAAAGCAACCCCUUGGAUAAACUAACAAAUUCUGGAUAUGAAAUUUGUUCACUGCAGGAAAUGGCAAGUCAAAUAGAGUGUGAGGUGGCAGAUUCCAAUAAAAUAGCACCUAAUUCUGUUUCAAAAUGUAAUGUAAAUAUGGGACUUGCAUGCCUCGAUCCAAAUCUACGAGGACCAGAGUGCUCAAAUUAUAAGAUUAGGGUGCAGUGUUGUUCUACAUUCUGUGGUGAAACAACACCAGUUUCUUCAACAACAGUUUCAACCACAACAACUACCACCACUGUUUCUACAACCUCAUCCACAACUAAAACUACUGGUUCUACAGUAUCCAGCACCAUUACAAAAACACCAACCAUUACUCCCUCUGUGUCCACAUCAUCAACCACAAGACCAACAACUACUUCUACUGUAUCUAGUACUCCCACCUCAACAACAAAAUCAACACCACCAACCAGCAGUGCAACAACUACUUCUACUUCAUCUACCACCACUAAAACAGAAACACCAGUUACUUACAUAAUAAAUACACCUUCAACCACAAGUGGAACCACUACUUCUACUGUAUCCACUACCCCUACCUCAACAACAAAAUCAACACCACCAACCAGCAGUGCAACAACUACUUCUACUGCAUCUACCACCACCAGAACAGAAACACCAGUUACUUACACAAUACAUACACCUUCAACCACAAGUGGAACAACUACUUCUACUUCUUCCACCACCAAAACUACAACAGGAACACCUCACACUACAUCUAAAACAUCAACGACUUCUAAAACUACAAAAAGCUCUACUACUUACACAGGAUCAACCACUCAAUCUACCCCUCAUUCUAAAACACCAUCCACAAAUAGAACAAUAACUUCAUCUACACCUUCCACCCUUUCAUCCACUACAAAAUCUAUCACAACGUCAACAACCUGUGCAUUAGCAACUACAAUGAAAUGCUACUGGACACCAUGGAUUGAUGACAGCAGUCCAAUAAUUAAAUCCUACACUGAUAGUAGUGAUCGUUCAAGAGGUUCUUCUAGUAAAGAAUCCCAUGGUCAAUUUAGAGAUAACUGGAUUGAGGAGGACCAAGGAUCAAGACUGCAAUCUGAUGAAAAUCAAAGGAGCUCUUCAAGAAAGGAUUCUUCACAAAGAAAUGGCAAUCCAUUCAGAGACAAUUCUAAAGAAAAAGGUAGCAGGACCUCAAAAGGCUCCUACAGUGAAGAACACCAGAAUCCUUCCAGAGUAAAAUCCAGUGAAGAAAACAACCCCUUGGAUAGACUGACAAAUUCUGGAUAUGAAAUUUGUUCACUGCAGGAAAUGGCAAGCCAAAUAGAGUGUGAGGUGGCAGAUUCCAAAAAUAUAGCACCUAAUUCUGUUUCAAAAUGUAAUGUAAAUAUGGGACUUGCAUGCCUCGAUCCAAAUCUACGAGGACCCGAGUGCUCAAAUUAUAAGAUUAGGGUGCAGUGUUGUUCUACAUUCUGUGGUGAAACAACACCAGUUUCCUCAACAACAGUUUCAACCACAUCAACUACCACCACUGUUUCUACAACCCCAUCCACAACUAAAACUACUCCUUCUACUGUAUCCAGCACGAUUACAAAAACACCAACCAGUACUUCCACGGUUUCCACAUCAUCAACCACAAGACCAACAACUACUUCUACUAUAUCCACUACCCCCACCACAAGCAGAACACCAACAACCACGUCAACCUCUUCUACUACCUCAACCACGAUUACCAUUACUUCCACCUCUGGAACAACCAUGUCUCCAACAUAUACAAACUCAUUUACUACAUCAAUGACAUCAACUACUUCUCUAAGUACCCCUUUGUCUACUACUCUUUCAUCUACUACAAUUCCAAAAUCUACAAUUAGUUCUUCUUUUACCACGUUCUCUUCUACAUCAUCCUCAACAAUUCCUAGUACAACUCACUGCUUCUGUCAAGUAAAUACAGCACUAUUUUCACCAGGGGAUAUUAUUUACAGAAAAGCGGAUCUGAAUGGCUGUGAAUAUUAUGCAAGAUGCAGCAGUGAAUGCACAGCAGAGAAAUUUGUUGAAAAUUGUGGAACAACAACACCACCUUCCACUUCUAGUUCAACUGCGUCAACAACCACAGUGUCAACAACUGUACCAACAACCACAACUAAACCAACAACAACAUCCUCAACAACUGGUUCAACAACAACAUCCUCAACAACUGGUUCAACAACAAAAUCCUCAACAACUGGUUCAACAACAAAAUCCUCAACAACUGGUUCAGAAACAACAUCCUCAACAACUGGUUCAACAACAACAUCCUCAACAACUGGUUCAACAACAACAUCCUCAACAACUGGUUCAACAACUAACACAUCAGUUACCCUCUCAACACCUGUAUCAACUACAGCCCCUCUCACUACUCCUUGCGAUGAAUGCGUGUGUCAAAUGCCAACAUGCGGGUCUGGCUACCGAGUAAUGUCUUUCUUGCCUCCUGGUGCUUGCUGUGUUAACAUUACUUGUGUACCGGACACUGUCUGCGUGUAUGAAAAUGAUGUGUACCAGCGUGGAUCACUUAUUCCACAGCCACUUAGUGCCUGUCAGAAGUGUGAAUGUUCCUACGAUAUGGAUAGUUCUGGAUUCUAUGCAAUCAAAUGCAGUCCAGUUGUCUGCAAUACUACCUGCAAUUCAGGCUAUGAAUACACAAAAAUGAGUGGACAAUGCUGUGGAGAGUGUGUGGCCAAACAAUGUACUAUGAAGGGAGAGCAGAAUACUGAUGUCAACCUAGCGGUUGGUCAGAAGUACAGUACCCCCAGUGACAAAUGCAGCUACUAUGAAUGUAAUGAAGAAGAUGGCUACCCUAUUCUUACCAAAGUGCAAAUGGUCUGCCAACAGUUGGAUGUCACUAAAUGUGCCAUGAGCACCGUUCGAUAUGAUGCAAAUGGCUGCUGCAUGACAUGUGAACCUGUAGGAUAUGACCUCAGCACACCACAUCCCAAUAUACCAGGAUCAUCAGUCACACCAUCACCAGGGGGACCUGGAGGAAAUGACUCCAACACUCCACCUCCCAAUGUACCAGGAUCAUCAGUCACACCAUCACCUAAGGUGCCUGGAGGAGGAAAAGACCUCAGUACACCACCUCCUAAUGUACCAGGAUCAUCAGUCACACCAUCACAUGGGGGACCUGGAGGAAAUGACUCCAACACUCCACCUCCCAAUGUACCAGGAUCAUCAGUCACACCAUCACCUAAGGUGCCUGGAGUAUAUGACCUCAGCACACCACAUCCCAAUGUACCAGGAUCAUCAGUCACACCAUCACAUGGGGGACCUGGAGGAAAUGACUCCAACACUCCACCUCCCAAUGUACCAGGAUCAUCAGUCACACCAUCACCUAAGGUGCCUGGAGUAUAUGACCUCAGCACACCACAUCCCAAUGUACCAGGAUCAUCAGUCACACCAUCACAUGGGGGACCUGGAGGAAAUGACUCCAACACUCCACCUCCCAAUGUACCAGGAUCAUCAGUCACACCAACACCUAAGGUGCCUGGAGGAGGAAAAGACCUCAGCACACCACCUCCCAAUGUACCAGGAUCAUCAGUCACACCAUCACAUGGAGGACCUGGAGGAAAUGACUCCAACACUCCACCUCCCAAUGUACCAGGAUCAUCAGUCACACCAUCACCUAAGGUGCCUGGAGUAUAUGACCUCAGCACACCACAUCCCAAUGUACCAGGAUCAUCAGUCACACCAUCACAUGGGGGACCUGGAGGAAAUGACUCCAACACUCCACCUCCCAGUGUACCAGGAUCAUCAGUCACACCAACACCUAAGGUGCCUGGAGGAAAAGACUCCAGCACUCCACCUCCCAAUGUACCAGGAUUAUUAGUCACACCAACACCUAAGGUGCCUGGAGUAUAUGAUCUCAGCACUCCACCUCCCAAUGUACCAGGAUCAUCAGUCACACCAUCACCUAAGGUGCCUGGAGGAAAAGACUCCACCACACCACCUCCCAAUGUACCAGGAUAUUCAGUCACACCAACACCUAAAGUGCCUGACUGCGGUGUUCAGAGAAAUGUUACUGUUCUGAAAGAAAAUGACUGUGUUGCGACAGUGGAACUCACAUACUGUGGAGGCCCCUGCAUGGGAACUUCUAUGUACUCUAUGGCUACCAGGAGCAUGGAGCACUCAUGUUCAUGUUGCUCAGAGCUUGAAGUUGGAAAGAUGACUGUUGAAAUGAUCUGUGCUAAUGGAGCUCGCAUUGCCUACACUUACACCAAUGUGAUCAGAUGUGGUUGCGUUAGUGCUUUCUGUACACCCAAUAGUCCUUCUGUUGCAUCGGGAAGUUUCUCCGGAAAUAAGCGGAAAAGUAUACAACGUGGAAGUUACAGCAAUGAAGUCUAAUCCUGAUACCUGGAAGACGUCAGCAUGAGCCUCUGCCAUUGCUUAUUCAAAACUUCAUGAUAGCUUUACAGUUUUUAGUAGUUUUGUAGAAUGUAAUAUUUCCAAAUUUUCGUACUGUUUACUUACAACAAUGCAUGCUUUUUAUUGAAUAAGAGUGGCUACAUUCUUACUAUACUAUUCUGUGAUGUUUUAAAUGUAGAUUUUAUUAAAUGUCAAAGCAAGAAA